AGGAGAAUAAAAGAAGAGAAGAGAGAGUGACCAUGCCAGGAGUCCUGCUCAGCCAGUUUCCAGACGAGAUCCUGCACAGCAUCCUCACCUACACGCCGCCGUCCGCCGCCAUCGCCCUCGAGCAGACCUCGAAGCGCUUCUCACACAUCACCAACGCCCCCCUGCUCUGGGCUGGCUACUGCAAGACCUCGUUCCGCUUCUGGGACAAGCGUCAUGGCAUCGCCGACAAGUUUGCCAGGCCCGCAAAGAGCGUGGAGUGGAAGCAGCUGUACAAGCUGAGGCACCAGAUCGACCGCUCGACGACGGAGAUACUCGACAGCAUCCUCGCCUGCCAGACCGGACGCAUAGAGAAGAUACACCGCAUCGUCAGCUUCGGGUACGAUGCUAAGGAUACGCUGAUUCGGCACGCAGAUGCCGGCCAGGACCAUGACGACUACCUGGCACGACGGUAUUACAGCAACGCCAUACUCGGCUGUCUGCACCGCACCCUGGCCAUUCCCACGUGGAACAGGCUGAGAAACGGCGAGGAGGUGUCCCUCGAGUACGCUCUGGGCGCGUUUGACAUGUUCAUCCUCGACUCUGGGACCGGAGACUUUGACGACUACCCAAAUAUCUCCGAAUAUACCCCCCGAGAACGGGCCGUGAUGACGGCUGAGUUCCUGCGAGAGAACAACCUCACCGGCAUCGAGUCCGGCAGAGAGUUCUACAACAUCGAACACAACUUCCUGGGCGCGGCUCUCACCAGUGAACGGCACAACUCUCUCCCCCUGAUAUCGGCCGCCAUAUACUGCUAUGUUGCCCAGAGACUCGGCCUGGACGCCCAUCCCUGCGGCUUCCCCUUCCACGUCCACGUUAUCAUCCGCCCCGAACCCAACCACGACCUCGCCGGCAACCGUCUUCCGGACGGGGAAGAGGGUGACUUCAUGUACAUGGACCCCUUCCGCUCCACCAGCGAGACUCCCGUCUCCGAGUUGCAGAGCCAGCUGAAUUUCCUCGGAGCCCUCACCCUCUCCCAGUCGACUUUCCUUCGCGAGUCCUUCACGGCCGAGAUCGUUCUCCGGUGCGGCAAGAACAUUCUAAACUCCGUUCUCCAGACGCCGCACUUCCGCCAAACCUCCCUCGACAUCGUCAACGUCAAGUAUGCCGCCCUCUGGGCAUCCAUGCUCUUUGCCAAAUACGCCAACCCAGACAGCCAGAACACCCCCCAGGGGCCCGAACGCCGACGAGCCGAACACCUCCCUCUCCGCCGUCACCUGCCGUCCCUGAUGGAGCACUUUGCAACCGACUUCCCGGCUGACGUGUAUCUGAUCGAACAGUACCUCAUCCCACUCUUCCGCAGCUUGCCCGAAUACGAGCACCUGCGCGAGAGCGUCAGUGUGAUGAAGGCCAGCGACGAGAUACCAAAGCAGGUCCGGCGAAGGAGCGCGGCCAACGGCAACGUCAAGUACAAGGUCGGCCAGCUCUUCCGGCACAAGCGGUAUGAAUACAUCGGCUUGGUAACAGGGUGGGACCCCGAAUGCGGUGCUGGCGAGCAGUGGAUGGAGAGGAUGGGCGUUGACCGUCUCCAUGCCGGUCGCCAUCAGUCCUUCUACCAUGUCCUGGUAGAGGAUAAAAGCGUCCGCUAUGUCGCGGAAGAAAACAUCGAAGUCUGCGAGCUUGAAGCGUCUGAGAUCCCGGACGCUUUCUUCCACUUUGCAGGGAAAUACUUCAAACGAUACGACAUCGAAACCCGUCGCUUCGUGAGCAACAUCCGCGAUGAAUAUCCUGACGACUAG